AGCUGAAUCAUCUCUCUUCUGUUUCUCAACGAGGACAUGGAUUAUUGCUAGCCCUAUACUUGCUUUAUUCUUUCAUAGCCCCACUCGUUCACUUAACAGUUCUCCCCCUUCCCACAAUCGAGGAUAACAUCACAAUGGAAUCUGUGAUGAUGAGGCCGAAUCCUGGCUGGGUGCAGCAUCGAAUCGCCACAGGGUUACGUGCACUUGUGGGACAGGCGUGUCGAUACCCCAUUCAUACUCUGCUUGUCACUGCUCUGGCAGCGGCCAUGACCUAUCUUCAUGUUUUGGAAGGGAGCUAUCGGGCUACUAAUGCAGGUCUGGGGUCCGAGAUCGAGACAGCCCCCUUGAACAUCCAGUCUUUCCUCUGGGGCAGCCGCACUCUUCGCCUCGGAGCGACCAGCUCCUGGAGAUGGCAGUUCGAUGACCUGCCUGAGGCGUCUGAGUUUCACCAAGCGAACUCUCACUGGGCCCUUGUCACCCUUAAUAUACCAGAUGCUUCUGUCGCGGAUAGUAUCUCCCUUCUGUCAGAUUCGCUCGCCCAGUCUCUCGGUGCGGAUCUAAUUCCGCAUACUUCCAACUUCUUCACUUUCUCUGAUGAUGCCUCGUUGGCGUUUCGAGUUCCAUACUUCCAAUUAAGCGGCUUUCUGGAGGCAGUCAAUACCAUAGCCUCCGAAAACGAGAAUCAUACCUGGAUAAUCAGAUCUCCUCGUGGAGAAGGAAGUCACAUGUCACUGAGAUGCUGGCUCGGAAGCUCGUGGCUCGCGUUCCUUCACCGUGCCAAACAUGCAGAGACCGUUGACUUGGUGAUUAUUGGGCUCGGUUACCUAGGGUAGUGACAAUAAAUACUGAUACGGGGCUCUUUUGGG